AUGUCCAGCGCCAACUUAACAAUUUUUCGCGCGUACGCGCAGAAGUCUAAUCCCGCGAGUCUGCCACCAUCAGUCCUUCUCUCACAUUCCGAGACGUGUUUGACAGUUUUUGACGCAUUUCCGAAAUCGAUCUUCCAUUUCCUCGUCAUACCUCGUGUCAGGCCGCCCUUCAAUGUGUACCAACUCGCUAACCUACGUUCAUUGUUCAAAUGCGAGAAAAGUAGCGCAAAGGAGCUCCUCACGGAUCUAAGCCGAGAAGCGGACAAUGUCAAAAAAAUGAUUGAAAGCGAGAUGCUCAAGAAAUACGGAUUCAAGUGGGAAAUAUGGAUGGGCUUCCACGCAAUACCUAGCAUGGAACACCUCCACCUCCACGUACUUUCUGCUGACCUAUGUUCCCCGAGUAUGAAGUUGAAGAAGCACUACAACUCUUUUCAUCCACAACUCGGAUUUUUCAUUCAUUUGAGCGAUGUUCUUUCAUGGUUCGAUGCAGACCCGUCGUAUUAUCAAACAAUUUCUCAGCUCAAGAAGAGCGAGUAUGAGCCUUUACUCAAGGCCGAUCUUUCUUGCUGGAAAUGCGAUCACAGCCUUUCCAACAUGCCUAAAUUGAAGUCACAUUUGCAGGAGGAAUUCGACAAAAUGACCGAUCGAGAGAAGGCAAAGGCAGGGAAAAAGAGGAAAUGCGCCGAUGAUUCCAUACAAAUAUCUUCCCCACAAACGUCAUUGGACAAUGGCGAAUCAAGACCAAAUAAAUUAGCUCGUGAGAGCGAGGAGGAGCGUAGCGAUAAUUGA